AUGGAGCGACCAGAGAACUCUCUUGGCCGAGCGCCUCCGAGCUUGUGUGUGCCUGCUCGUCGGCUACGAGGUUCUUCAGGGGCUGCUGGACGCAGCGCAGAGUUCGCCUGCGCCGCGGUAACUGUUGUGCUUCUUCACUCCCCGGGGGAGGAUUUUCUGACGCAGAGAGAAGCGACGGGGCUCCCGCUGGCCAGUGGGACGGAUAUCCCAGCCGUGCCGGAAAUCCCAGCCGUGCCGGAAAUCCCAGCCGUGCCGGAAAUCCCAGCCGUGCCGGAAAUCCCAGCCGUGCCGGAAAUCCCAGCCGUGCCGGGAAUCCCAGCCGUGCCGGGAAUCCCAGCCGUGCCGGAAGACGCCCUCCGUCGGGUCGCACUCCGCAACAGUUAUCGCUUCUGUCGGCUAGUGUCGCAGGCUGCAUCAGACGAGGAUGUGUUUGCUUCUGUGGGCCUCCCGGUGGUCCACGCGACAGUAAAUGGUGGCCGCAACACGUACUGCUUCUUUCUUAGCAGUCCAGCAAUUGGAGACGACGCUACACCCUUGACGCUGCUGUCGGCUGGUAGAGAGGCAAACGCGUGGCCUGAGAAAACAGCUAUCCUCCAUCCGCAGUCUGCGGGCUCUGGGAACCAAUGUGGCGAUGCGAUUGCCGCUGCUGAUCCACGGGGCUUUAUUCCUCGGUGUCUCGACAGCUUAUUCAGAUUACUGUACCAACGCAUAGAAGACAGGACGGCAGAGAUUAGCCUGAGCUGCUUUGAAGUGAUCGGGGACGCGACAAGAGAUCUGCUUCACGUGCGCUCUAACUGCAACCGAGCCGCUGACAGCAGCCCGCGGCAACAUCUGAUCUCAACAACAGCAUCGAGGGAGCCACGGGAUGAAUCACCCUCAGAUACAGAUGGUGACACAGCGACGCCCGUUAGAGCUUCUUCCUCUGUCGAGGCAGUGUGUCAUGAACAAAGUGAAAUGCGCACCGGGCGCUGUCGACCUCACUCCACCGGCCGCUCAGAUUGCCCAGAUAGAGCGACUCCAGGGAGUCGUCCACGUACAGGCUGUAGACCGAUGCGUGAAGGAGGCCGUACGAGCCACAGACCCCUGGUGACGUCUGCAGAGGAGCAUGUGCCCUUAGUCUCGGUGUCUGAAGUCAAACUAAGUUCUGCUCGACAGGCUCUCACCCUGCUCGUUGGGGCCAUGCACCAAUGCAGUGCGCUUGGAGACGAAUCAGAGCGGCCUCGGAGCCAGAGCUGCGCAGCGUACAUGAUCAAAAUCGCCUCUCGCCGCAUUCUGCCUGUUGCUGGUUGCCGUGGCUCGCUAACGGCUGCGUUGGUGGGGAGGCGAAUCUCAGGGGAUGCAUUCCCGACACGACAGGCGGCCUCCUCUUCGGCAGGGUCUGCAGAAAAAGGCCUUGUGACACCGGAUAUUUCUCGGAGUGCCGAUCGACCUCUGCAGAAAGGGCAAACUACAUUCUUGACAUUCGUGGACCUUAGAGGAACAGACGCCUUAGUAGAUCAGGGGAAAAGUACUCAGGGCAGUAUCGAGGCGCGCGAUCGAACAAGCUGGAAGUAUUCUGUGGAGACGUUAGAUCGCAAUCUCGCGAGUCUUGGCGAAACGCUUCACUGGUUAGUAAGAGCCAAAGAGCACCUGGCAGCUCCCAAUGCCGACAAAAGUGUUCGAGACGAGCCGCCGAAGCCAUAUCUGGCGAAAGUGCUUUUACACCUAAGCGGCGGCGCCUUAGCACAAAGCGCUUUUGUGAUCUCAACGCUGAGGCCUGACGAGCACAAACCCGUGGACAAAUCCUGCGCGGCCUUACCGGGCAAUACUGGUCAUUGCCCAGAACGAGACCGGCGGCCGCCGCUCGAGUUGAUCGAGGGAAAAGUUCAUUCACCCAGUGCUUCGUGCGCAGGUCUUCUGCCGCCUUCCUCUUCACCUUUCACCAUCCAAUCUGCUAAAGAAUUACGCUGCGCGGCUGCGGACGCAACUGACAACAACAUCUCCCGCGGUGCUGCGAGCGGUCCCAAUCCCGACGCUGCUUCAUAUCAGGAGAACGCGAGAGGGGGACAAAUGCAGUGUGAGACCAACUUACGACAGCGCAAGGAAGCAUAUGUCGCGGUGCCUGCUCCCCCCCUUCGCAGUCUAACGGCAGGCCAAGAAGCGCUCGUUUCUCCCUGCUUUCAGCCCGCGGCCAGUGGUCACGUGGAGGUGUUGGUCGGGUCUACGAUGAAACUUCGAGCAAGCAGUCGUCACAGCGCAAAGGGUUACGUAUCGCUCAGCACGGGGGUUAAGGCCCAGUUGUCUGGAGGCAUUGCCUCGGAAACAGGCAGGAAAGCUCGCGUAAAUGACGUCGGCAGCAUGGCCACGUGUACAGAGCUGCCUUUGCACAGGCGACGUUGGUCGAGUUUCCCAGGUGGUGGCGGCGCUUUACCCGCAGCUCUGGCUCUGGAUACCAGAGAAGCAAAAGACCACCAUAGCCAUCGGCCUCAACAGUAUCGUCAAACUCCGUGUGACACCACUCCGGCCUCCGCCGAGCCCGCACGCAUGCAUGACCAGAAAUCGGCAUGUGCGAGGCACUCCAGGGGGCUCGGGAUGGUACAAAGGCACACGGACACGGCUCAGAGGGGCGCUUCGCCCCAUCAGUCCGGAAUUCACAUGCCUCAUUCUGCAGAGUGUCCUGGGUGUGACUCGUCCUCCGUUGUGGGUCAGCGACAUGAUACCGAAGUCCCUGUAUCCGCUCCAAGCGGACCGGGAGCGCACUCCACGCAGAGGAGACAGCAGAUAGAGGCGGAGACAGGAGCGUUUGUGUGUACGCUCAUGAAUCAACUUAAUUUGACAGACCACGAGAAGGAGGUCCUGAAACCGUUUGCGAAGGAGAUGGGGAUGGCAAUGUUUGCGUUGCCUUCGUACGCCCAUGGGGGCCUAACGGGAUCACCGGACUUGUGGAUAAGUCAGCUACGGGAAACGCUAGUGAGCCAGCAAAGUGAUUCGAUGGAAAACGUGCGACAGGCGCGGGCACGUGCAAUAGAACUUGAAAACAAUGCUGAAGAACUUGAAGUGGUACUGACAACGUUCCAGCAAGAAAAGGAUGCACUACUACAGCAGCUUCAACGGGAUGCAGCACGUCUCCACUGCAUCGAAAUCCGGCUUCACAAGCAGGUCUUAGAUGCACGAAAAUACAUGGAAGCCAAGCUUGCAGAGGUUGAGAAGGAAAUAAAAAAAGAGCGAGCACAAACGAGAAGUGCGUGCGACGGUGUCGUGCGAAAGGGAGGGAGCGUUUCGGAGGAACUUCUUCCCGAUAUGGACACGAUGGGCUCCGAAACAAUGGAAGACAUCGAGUUGAAGGGAGCGCUUAUGGUCCAGUCCCUCAUAGAAAAACGAAACUCCCAGCUCCAGGAACUCAGACAAUCCCAUGAAAGGAGGCUUGCACUCAUCCAAUCGCAGUUCGCUCAUGCGAAAGGGCAACUGACAAAUCAAAUUCAAAGGACGGUCGCGGAAUUUCAGGAGAGCCGCGGAUCGUCCUUCGCCGAUGUGUCGUGUACGCCCGUCGACUACACCGCCUUUCUCGGCAUCUAUUUGGCAUGGCCUCCGAUCUACAGUCUGGCGCCUGGCCUGCUCGCUACCGAAGCGGCAUCAAGCCUCUGCCAGAGCCACUUCCGCAGUGCGCUCCACUCUCUUUUCCGGAAAGGUGCUCCAAUACAAUGA